UAAAAGUAUAUAUCCUGUUUCUGACAGCGUUCAGUUUGAUAUCAAUUGUCACAUCGUAUUAUAGAAGAGGAAACGAGGAAUAAAAUCGUGAAAAUAUUUCGUCAGAAACAUAACAUAGUAUUAAAACGCAAAACAUAUGUAAGUGUGCGCGUGCUUGUACCUGCCAGACGUUCCAUCGUGACAAGAAACUUUUGGAGACUGUUCGGAUCUGUUAGUACUGACAACAGCAGCGCUCAUUAACAACGACGGCAAUGCACACUCCAUAAAAUGAACCCUCUCAAUGAGAGCUGCACGACGUCUCUCUAACGAAGCGUUCCUCUUCUCGUAACCCCUCAUCAUACGCUUCCAAUAGCUCGAGUUGUCUUUUCUACUUUCGUCGCAUUUAUCCUCUGUUUUGAAAGUUUUCGAAUCGUUUUCCAUUUAGUAUGAAAAAGUAUCAGACGAGAGGAGGGAAAAAAGUGAGAACAAAAUUUUGAAAUCUAUAGUCGUUCAUGAAUAAAAAAAAAAAUGGAACAAAAGAAGAACAACUUCAGCAGCAAAUAAUUGCGUAGAAAAGAAGACGGAGAUGUAGCGAUAUUCAGAAAAAUGGAUCGACGUCGUCGACGUCGUUGAUUGAAAAAGCUUACAAAAAAUUAACAAAAUCGUGAAAAAUCUUAUUUCAUAAAAAAUUCUUUUUCGUGAAAGAUUUCUACUCACGAACAAACUAUAAGAAACAUAAAAAGAAGAAAAAGAAAAGCUCAAUGAUGAAUGACGAAACUAUCAUAAAACUUAUGACGCCUCUCGCCAACGACAAUGGCAACGGAUUGUAUACACAUGCUCUUUUACCAGGACUCUUUCGUGCAAUCGUCGUAAAGCUAAAUAAUAAGGAUAACAAGUACGACGAUAAUGAUAACUGUAAUAAUCAUCGUCGAAAACGAGAAGAUGGAAUUACCUCGAAAUAUGGUACGAAACAAUCGGCUAAAACAGAUUGUGAUCGUCGAAAGAUUCAUCUUCAAUCAUCAAACCUUUCAAUCGGUGAUAUCAUUUUAAUAGCUAACGAUAGUCAUGAGACAGUAUCGGCUAAUCGAACUCGUGCCAAUGUUUGUCCUGCAUAUCAUUUUUGCGUUGAACGUAAUACUGCCGCUGAUAUGGUAACCAUGGACCAAGAGGAUUCUAUUAUAAGUAGCGAAUUAUCGACGUUACGUGAACUUUUAGAGCCAAUUAAACAAACAGCGCUCAAAAUGAAACAACUUAGCCAAUUAAAAGACGAGGUACCUCAAACUGAAAUCGUCUGUCAUCAGUUAAGGCAAACAAACGAUAACGUUCGUCGCUCGCCCUGGAAAGCCCGGGCUCAUCGAGGUCCAGUUGUUGAGAACUAUCAAAAACACUUGGGAAUUAUGAUUAUCGGAGAAAUUCGUUCGAGAGAAAUUAUCUGACCGAAAGGAUUCAAAAUGAUAUUUUUUAGCAGCUUCGUGAGCCUGAAGAUGUAUCUUCGACUUGUCAAUUGUGUGGGAUGAAGUUUGACGAAGUUAUGUUGAAUACGAAUGAUUGUCAAGUGCAACAAGAAGGCAACAUCUUCGAGGAAAGUGAUAAAGUGGAUGAUAAUAUUUCUGUUCGAAUAAUAUCAAGACCAGAAACUGAAACUCAAUACGUUGUUGAUGAUCUUCUUUUAAAUCUUAUUCGACAGAUAGUAAGAACAUCGUUUAUCAGACUCAUAGUUUGAUCAUAAAUAAUAAAUAUUACAUUUUUUAUCAUAUUCUUACAAAUUCGUAGACAUCCUAUAUAUUAGAGACUUCGCAGAAGCAACAAGAAGAAAUGGAGUCUGAAAAGAAAGAAGUAUCAUUAUGUAGAAGAACGAAAAAAGGUUCAACUCUUAAUGAAUAUUUUUUCACAUAAAA